UUCCAUCUCUCUCGCUCUCGCUCUAUAUAAACAUACUAAGAAGAUCCACUUUUGGAUACGGAGACGGUCUUACUUAGUCCCCAAACUUCCAUAAGCCCAUCUGCCCAUGGCACAAUUCGAAUUGGGUGAUGCUUCUGAUCUCAAGCAGAAUUGGAGGAACAUCAUCCCCGGCGAUUCAAUCCCCAAAGCUGUAGAAAAUCCUGAUGGUUGCUUUGAUUGCAACAUUUGUUUAGACACCGCGCAUGACCCUGUCGUCACCCUCUGCGGCCAUCUCUUCUGCUGGCCCUGCAUUUACCAGUGGCUCCAUCUCCAAAUCUCUUCGGAUCCGGAUAAGCAGAAAUGCCCAGUUUGUAAGGCCGAUGUCUCCUCAACUUCAUUAGUUCCUCUCUACGGGAGCGGCCCCCACUCCUCCCGCUCCAAGUCCAGAAGGCCCAACCUGCAGGGUGUGGGUGUCCCCCGCAGACCAGCAGCCUGUGGAUUGAAUACCUUGAUCACAACUACUACUACUGCAGCAUCAUCCCCUCCAAACCCGCGUCAAAGCCAGCGCAUUCUUCACGAUCCUCACCCAUAUUACGGGGGUUACUCCGCAGCCUCGGCUGGUCUUGGGGACGUGAGGUUGUCGAGUGGUUUCAGUCCGAUGGUUGGGAUGUUAGGGAAGAUGGUGUAUAGCAGCAUAUUUGGGGGAUCGGACACAAUAAGUUUGUUUAGUUAUCCUUAUCGGAAUUCUUAUGCUGAUCUGAUGAUGGGUGGAAGAAGUAGUAGUAGUGGUAGAAUUAUGCAAAGGCUGGAAAUGCAGGCUAGCCAGUCUCUUGACAGAGUUUCAUUCUUUCUUUUCUGUUUCUUUGUUUUUUGCUUUCUCUUGUUUUGAACAUGUAUAAACUAUGCUUCUCCCUUGAUUAUAUAAUUGUACAAAUUAUGAAAAAUUAUGAUUUGUGCUUUUACCA